GUUUUGAGGAGUCUAUGAGUGGCCUUUUAGGGGCUGUGAGAGGUGCUGGAAUCUUUUUAUAAGCAGCACAGUGAUAAGGUGUGCCACAUAAAGCCCUAAUCAGCUGCCCCUCCACCCUGGGCAUUCACAUUCAGUGACCACAGGCAACCAGCAGACAUGGCAAGUAAGAAAGCUGCAUCUAAAAGGAAGAAUGCCCAGCGGGCCUCAUCCAACGUCUUCUCCAUGUUCGAGCAAUCGCAGAUUCAAGAGUUCAAAGAGGCCUUUGGCUGCAUUGAUCAGGACAGAGAUGGCGUCAUUAAGAAAACUGACCUGAAGGAAACCUACGCACAGUUAGGGAAACUGAAUGUAAGUGACGAGGAGCUGGAGGGCAUGCUGGCUGAGGGAAAAGGUCCAAUCAACUUCACUGUUUUCCUCAGCCUGUUUGGAGAAAAACUCAAUGGAACUGACCCAGAGGAAACCAUCCUUGCUGCCUUCAAACUGUUCGACCCGAAUGGCACCGGCUUUGUCAACAAGGAUGAGUUCAAAAGGUUGCUGUUAACCCAGGCAGACAAAUUCACACAAGAAGAGGUGGAGCAGGCCUUUUCAGUUGCCCCCAUAGACGUGACUGGGAAUAUAGACUACAAAUCCCUUUGUUACAUCAUCACACAUGGAGAUGAGAAAGAAGAAUCCUAAAAAAAAUAACCAUCUCAGUCUCUGUCCAUUCAUAUCUGCUGUUUUUAUGAUUAAACACGCUGUAAAACAUACUGCUGUAUUUAUUUUGUGAAACUGGAAUGGACUGUGAGUGUAUAAAGGAUAAAUUAAAAAAUCAUAUUUCAAUAACAGUGAAUGUAUAAAGACUGUGGCAGGGUGAUUUUUCAUUCAGAAUGUUUUAGAAUGAUUAACUGUCAAACUGGAAAUAAAUAAUCAGACAUA